AUGCUGUUCUCCAUUUGUUGCUUCGCUUUCCUUAUUCAUGGCGUAAGAAGUGGUGAUGAUAAGGCGAUAGAAGAUUGUAAUAAAGCAGUGGAGGGACAACAACGACCAACGGUCGAACCAGGCCUUUGUGCACACAUCGAUUUACCUGCCUGUGCUGCUAUAUUUCCAUACAAUAAUGCAGCGGCAACGAUCGCUACUCAUGCCAAUCCGUAG